AUGUCGUCGCUACAAAUGUCCGAGAUGUCCAAGACCUAUCAGUACCGCAAGGUGAUGAAGCCCAUGCUGGAGAGGAAGCGUCGUGCCAGGAUCAACAAGUGCCUGGACGAGCUGAAGGAUCUUAUGGUUGCCACCCUGGAGUCCGAGGGCGAGCACGUCACCCGGUUGGAAAAAGCCGACAUCCUGGAAUUGACCGUCACCCACUUGCAAAAGAUGAAGCAGCAGCGCCAGCACAAGCGGGCUUCCGGCGAUGAGAGCUUGAGUCCGGCGGAGGGCUUCCGUUCCGGCUACAUCCAUGCCGUCAACGAGGUCUCCCGUUCCCUCUCCCAACUGCCCGGCAUGAAUGUCAACCUGGGCACUCAGUUAAUGACCCACCUGGGACAGCGCCUCAAUCAGAUCCAGCCGGCAGAAAAGGAAGCCUUGCCCGUGACCGCUCCACUCUCCGUGCACAUUGCCAAUCGGGAUGCCUACUCCGUGCCCAUUUCGCCAGUCUCCAGCUACGCCGGCAGUCCCAACUCCAAUACCAGUUCGACCAGCCACUCCCUGUUGACCACCAUCGAUGUGACCAAGAUGGAGGACGACAGCGAGGACGAGGAGAACGUCUGGCGUCCAUGGUAG